UUAUAGCACCUAGUAACUGCUUAAUAUUUACAUUUUCAUCAUCAUCAUCAUUAUUAGGUGAAAUUUAUCAAGGUGGAGAAAUGAUAGGCUGCUGAACCUCGGUGUAUUUACUGAGCUGUGUAUUUCUACAUGUCUCUGGAUCCUACUUUUACCUUCCAGCUGAAGCACUUGUCAAAAACCUGACAAACUGCUGAAUUUAGCUUAGUGAAGGUCAUCAACUGAAGGCAGUUUAAUUUCUAACAGUUAUUUUCUGGUUGUAUUGAUGGCAUGGAAAACCUCAUGGAAGAAAGCAAUUCAAGAUUACGCUUCAUGUCAGUAGAAAUGGACAGCAGCAGUUUUAUUCAGUUUGAUGUGCCCGAGUACAGCAGCACCGUUCUGAGCCAGCUAAACGAACUCCGCCUGCAAGGGAAACUAUGUGACAUCAUUGUCCACAUUCAGGGUCAGCCGUUCCGAGCCCACAAAGCAGUCCUUGCGGCCAGCUCCCCCUAUUUCCGGGACCAUUCAGCAUUAAGUACCAUGAGUGGCUUGUCAAUAUCAGUGAUUAAAAAUCCCAACGUGUUUGAACAGUUGCUUUCAUUUUGUUACACUGGAAGAAUGUCCUUGCAGCUGAAGGAUGUCGUCAGUUUUCUGACUGCAGCUAGCUUCCUUCAGAUGCAGUGUGUCAUUGACAAGUGCACGCAGAUCCUAGAGAGCAUCCAUUCAAAAAUCAGCGUUGGAGAUGUGGACUCUGUGACCGUCGGUGCGGAAGAGACUCCAGAGAGCCGUAAUGGAGUUAAGGACAGCAGCUACUUUGCCAACCCGGUGGAGAUCUCCCCUCCGUACUGCUCUCAGGUACGGCAGCCUACCACAAGCAGCGAUCUUCGGAUGGAGACGACACCCAGCAGAGCUUUGCGCAGCCGUUCACAGGAGGAAGGGCACUCGGACCGAGGGAGCAGUGGGAGCGUCUCUGAGUACGAGGUUCAGAUCGAGGGGGAGCCUGAGCACGGGGACCUGCUGGGGAGGGAGAGCCAGGUCGCCGAGGUGAAAGUGAAGAUGGAGAAGUCUGACCGUCCCAGCUGUUCCGACAGCUCCUCCCUGGGAGACGACGGGUACCACACCGAGAUGGUUGAUGGGGAACAAGUUGUGGCCGUGAAUGUGGGCUCCUAUGGUUCUGUGCUCCAGCACGCCUACUCCUACUCCCAGGCAGCUUCACAACCAGCCGGCGUAUCUGAAGCUUUCGGAAGUUUGAGUAAUUCCAGCCCAUCCAGAUCCAUGCUGAGCUGUUUCCGAGGAGGUCGUGCCCGCCAGAAGCGGGCUCUGUCUGUCCAUCUGCACAGUGAUCUGCAGGGCUUGGUGCAGGGUUCCGACAGUGAAGCUAUGAUGAAUAACCCCGGGUUUGAGAGCAGCCCCCGGGAGAGGAGUGCAAGAGGUCACUGGUACCCGUACAAUGAGAGGUUGAUCUGUAUUUACUGUGGAAAGUCCUUCAACCAGAAGGGAAGCCUUGACAGGCACAUGCGACUCCAUAUGGGAAUCACCCCCUUUGUGUGCAAGUUCUGCGGGAAGAAGUACACGCGGAAGGACCAGCUGGAGUACCACAUCCGGGGCCACACCGACGAUAAGCCAUUCCGCUGUGAGAUCUGCGGGAAGUGCUUUCCGUUCCAGGGUACCCUCAACCAGCACCUGCGGAAAAACCACCCUGGCAUAGCUGAAGUCAGGAGUCGCGUCGAGUCCCCUGAGAGAACAGAUGUGUAUGUGGAACAGAAACUAGAAAACGAUGCGUCGGCCUCAGAGAUGGCCCUAGAUUCCCGGAUGGAAAUUCACACGGUGUCUGAUGCUCCUGAUUAAGACGGUAAAGAAGUGCACCCACACAAAGCACAUUAAUCAAGGCCGAUUUGUGAUUUGCUUUGUUGUAAUCUUUGGUUUUCCCAACCAUCUGGAAAUCUCUUGGUCUCUUGGCAGUUUUUCUAAGGUUUCUGGAAGGAACACUUCCUUGUGUUUAUCCUUUCCCCCGCCCUCCCUCCCUCAAGGAGCUCAAAGCAUGAAGGGCAGCGUAUCCAGGGAAAACACAGGCUGACAGGAUUCCUGUUUGGCUGAACUCUUCAUCCAAAAUCUGCCAGUGAUUUAGCUAUGCCAACUGGUUGACCCUGCAUUCUCUGCCAAGAGGCAUACUCUCUCAUUGUGUGCACUGGCACCAGUGCAUUUCCAUGGAGGGAGACUGGGAUGCCGUCAGCUGAUACAAAUGGGUAACCUUUUCUAAUUAAAAAUUUCUUUUAGGGGGUACUUAGACAAUUUUUAUAUAUAUAUAUAUAAUAAAGCAAUUAUUAUAUAUAUAGUAUAUAUACAUUCUCAAAUUUGAUUUUAUUCUGGUUGAGGUGAAUGUAAGAGGAAUAUAUAAUUUAAUACAAUGUGAACAGGGCUUUUGACUCUGUCUCGCCCCUACCUAAUAUGUUAGGGUUUUGCCCCUUUAUUUCCCUUAUAAAAGAAUGUUAAUAGGUUUUCAAAUAUAUUAAUCAUUGUGUCCAAAAGCAAGCAAAGCAAAUCACAGUGUUCAUAGCUCUGCUUCGUAACAAGUACAUAAACCAAAUGCCAUAAAAUGUACUCAACUCUAGUUGGAAACCAUUUGGAAUUUUUGUUAGUUGUCCAGUAGGUAAGCUGGAUGACCCGUGGUGCUGACCUUUUUACAUAUAGUAGUGUUAUAUUAGUCAACCCCAAAGGAGCAGUGGUUUUCAAUGUUUUUACUGGCCUAUGAAUCUACCUUCAUUCCGUACUGUAGAAACAUACAUACCAGGUAACUAAAUCGAAUCACUCUCUACCGUGAGUUAGUACUCGCACUAAAGGAAAGGGAUUUGUAGUUCUGUCUACAAAAUUCUCCAAGCAGUGUUGUGGUAUUUUUCUUCUUUCUCUUUUCAAACAGCCAGUUCAGGUGCACAGCAACUUUUUCUACAUGCAGUUCCCAGGGAAACUGCAGAACUUGGAAUUUGUACUUUUUGUAAAGAUAUACUCUAUGGGAAUUGCAAGCAAUAUAUCUAUCUUAGUAUUGUGUGAGCUGGUGAGAGCCUCCGUGGCUCCCCCGCUCUCUCAGUGUUUCCUGCUUGAAGAAACCAACAGUUAAAAAGCCCUCUGAGAUACUCUGUGUGUCACCAAAUCUCUGUGUGUCACCAUUUUUUUGGUCACGUGGUGCUAUUUUUAUGUUAUGUAUCUUUUAGGUCAGUAUAGUUGUAGAAAAUGUGAAAUCUAAUGGUAAAAGUGAAUUAUAAUUUUUUUCCUCUCCUGAGUUUAUAGCUUGAAAAAAGACCUCAAAAGCAUGUGCUGGCAAACACAUUACUGUAUAAAAACAUACCCGAGUCCUAUUUGGAUAAUGUUUCAUUAGUACUUGAGGAAGUGUCUUCAGUUUUAUAUUUUGUCCACCCGUGUGCUUCUGCUAUACAAAACGGGCUUUGUGAGAUUGCCCUGGUACUGUAUACUCCGACAGAGAGUAGUGUUGUAAGCUAUUUGGUGGUGAGUUUGUGCUGCAGGCUGUCGGUAAGGUGUCAGCACUCCAGGCUCUCUGCUUGAGAACCUUGGCCCUGAAACUCACAACUAGUGCGUCUCCACGGGAGAAGAGCACAAACCACCUAAGAGAAAAAGAAAAGCGAAAUUCGGACCAACCGCAGAGGCUAGGAGUUAAAGGAAUACAAAAGUAGAUGUUUGCUGGUUUUCCAUGCUUUUUUGGCUCUUAAA